CACUAAAUUAUAUAAUGUGUUUUUUACAAUAAUUUUUUGAGGCAAGAAGUCAAUGAUAAAUGUACAUAUAAAAGGACAAGGAUGAGAUAGCUAAUAUUAAUUGAAUCAUUUAACAUGAAGUUUUUAGUAGUUCUUUCACUUGUUGUGGCAGUUGCUCUGGCUGGGGAACGUAGAGAGCAGCUCAGAACUGCCUUCCACGAAUGUGUCAGCGGCGAGUCAGGAGGGCCAAAUGAUCCAAGAAAACUGGUACUGCAAGAUGAUGCAGAUGUCGCUAAAGUAGGUGCAGCGAUCUUUUGCAUCAACAAGAAAACUGGAGUACAGAGUGAAAAUGGUGAUAUAAACAUAAACGUUCUAAAACAAGAUGUCAGCCUUUGGGCAAAGGACGACGUUAAAGCUAGUGAAAUUGUUGAUGAGUGCACAAAGAACAAAGGAGCAGAUGCCAAUGAAACUGCAUUUAACGUAUUUAAAUGUUUAGUGAAGAAAAACGGUAAAUAACAAGGAAGGUAUAACGGUAAAAUUAAGGAACUAAUUUUCAUGUAAAUGCUUGUUAAAAAUAAAGAUGGAACAAUUUUU